GGAGGAACUAGAGGGUAAAGGGCAACCCAAUGACUGUUUUAAGCUAGAAAAAAAAAAAAAAGAGGCACACGAAUAUAUAAAUUUAGGGGUAUACGGGUCCUGGAUCUUCCUCUGCCAGGGCCCUAUAUUGUUGUGAAGUUGCAAUUGUAUACUAAUAUAUUAUCCAAUACAUGUAGUCUGUACAAGCUUUUUGAACAACUAGAGAACAAAAACUAGAGUUAUUUCCCAUACAUUAAAAUCGUGGCAAAAGGCCAAAGGCAGGCGAAGGAAGUAUCCAUGGAUCCGUUUUGUAACGAUGCCAAAUAAUUGUACGUUUAUCGUUGAAAACCAUUCAUUCCGCUAGAUGUACGUUUUGCACAGGAUGAUUCCGGUUUACAUAAUACUGGAUACAUUAUCCAUCGACUUGGCCAUUUCCUGAAAGACUAUGAAAAUCACAUACCACAGAACAUAUUAUCUUUAUGACAAGGAUGUUUCAUGUUCGGUGCUGACAACACUGCAGUGUCGAUGUUGAAGUGGAGAACCGGAAGUUAUGAUGUGGUUUCGCCGGAAACUGACUGGGACAUCACCGCUGCGGCAAGACGAGGUUUAUUAAACCAAGUGACAAAAUGUCUACAGAGUCUUCAGUCGUGUAGCUCGAGAAAACUCGACCAGGCUCUCAACAAUGCUGCGAUGUACGGUCACGCCCAGGUCAUGGAGGUCCUUCUGGAAGCAGGAAGUGACGUUAACGCACGAGACUCGUCUGGGAGUACCCAGCUGUUCAACGUCGUGCUGAAGGAUUUCCCAGAAUGCGCCGCGGUGCUGUUGAAACAUGGCGCAGACGUCAAUGCACGGAAUACAUUCGGCGACACGGCCGUGCACGUUGCGUGCGAACAGUGCAGGGAGCGCUGUCUUGGCGUUCUGUUAUCACGAGAAGAGGUCGACAUCGACGUUCAGAACAGCGAUGGCUUCUCGCCAUUAAUGGUGGCAGCUAAAUCUAGUUUCGUGUCUGGAGUGGAAGCUUUAACUCGGAAAAGAUGCAACGUCAAUCUAGUUAGUAAAUCACACAAGUCAGCUCUGAUCUAUUGUCUGGGCAAGGACAUUCCUCUGCAACACGAUCAGGGACGAAAAGUCGACAAAAUCCUAAAGUUUGUCUGCCUGAAAAGUCUGGUAAUCGCGAAAGCCGACAUAAACUGGCCGGACCGAGAAGGGUUCACACCGCUGCACUAUGCAGUGAAAACGGACAGCUUGGACUGUGUCCGGCUGCUGGUUAAUGAAAACUGUUACCUCAAUGGAAAAGGAUUUUUCCGUCAAGUUUCGCCACAGAAACUGACCACUCUUCUUUGUUGUGGAGACCGAGCUACACCAGUGACGGCGUUUCUUCUGUCCGUGUACUAUGGAAACUUAACCAUCACAAAGUUCCUUGUAGACAGCGGCUGUGAAUAUUACAACUGUGAAUUUGUACUCCAGUAUUUGACAGCAGACAGUGAUAUGAGUCGGUAUCUUCUUGAUGUAUUUCAGAAGGUACGAAGCCUACAGAAAUUGUCCAUAAUGAGCAUCAGACAAUCUAUUGGCGUGGACGUCAGAAAUAAAGUGGGUGGUCUGGAAAUUCCCAACAAACUGAAGAGGAACAUUUGUGAACCGCAGAUGUCGGUGUAAUCGAUGUCUUCACCCGCGGGUCUACAUCUGACGCCAUGUUGGACUUUGAGUAAAGAAAGGAAUGUUUUAAAAUCUACUAGGACAAUACUCUGCAUGGAGUAAAUAAUUAAUUUAAUGAAAAGAGAAGACAAACUUGCGAGAGAAUGAAAUCCAAACGGUUAAAUUAGUGAUUUUCACUUGUAUUUCAUUAUUUUUGAAGACGGCGACGUGUAGAAAGGUGAUAUUUAGAAAACUCUUAUCAGCAAAGGAUCCUUUUUUAAAAAUAUGUUUCAUUUUAUAACAAGAAUAUGCUUUUAGUGUUUCCUUCACAUAUAAAGAGGUUUUAAUGUAUUAUGCAUGUUAUUUGUUUUCGUUAGUGCUUUUGUAUGUGUUUGUGCGAGUGACUGCACAAUUACGAUGUAGAAUUUGUAGGAUAUUAAACGAGCUUCCAUUUUGUAUCAUGUUUAUGUCCCGAGUGAAAUAAUUUUCAGUUGUCACGAGCUUUAUUUCACGAGGAACAUAAACAUGAUACGAAAUGGUAGCGAGUUUAAUAUC